AUGCCAGGUCAGCCGCCACCAGUGGACGAUGGACUCCGUGCAGGAGACAUUCGCAAGCACCACCGAGCCGGUUAUUUCCCGAUCCACAAAAUCGGUUUCCUGCACGCCAUCACGCUCGUCGUCACACCGGAGGGUUGCAAGAUUCACCUUCGCGAAGGGCGUGUGCAUUUCUUGUCGAGUCUUGUCGGACGUGAAGUGUGGAUCAUUUUCACAACGACAAGCAUUAGAAGUCAUGACCAGUUGUCAUGGCUUCUAAUGCGUUAUGUGAAUCCCAUGCAGUUUACGUCGAAGUUCGAUGGUCGACCAAGCGAUUUCGCAAGACUGAACAGAGUUACUAUUCUACCUUGCAUUAUUUCGUUACUCGACGACCAGGAGGAGCCUAUUCCUGCCUACUUUCGCUGCUGCUGCUCGGUUGUGCACCAACAGGCGCCACGGAUUGGCUGGAGCAACCUGGCCCAGCACGUCAAGACUCAGCAUCUUGACUACGCUGAGGUCAUGCGUGCUACAGCCCCAGUCGCUACCGGUACUCUCGCACCGUGGAAUCGCGAGCACAGCCUGAACGUGUUCGGCUGGAUGAGCUGA